UCAUUUGCAUAUCACACAGUAUAUUCCGUUAGCGCGAGCGAGGCAUCUCAGUCUGCUGCAGCAAGACGUCUGGGAAGAAUCUGUAUCUUGGUGCAUCGAACUUGAUACUCAGCAAGUAUGUCUGACAAACCGAACCUGGAAGAGGUCACCAGCUUUGACAAGAGCAAGCUGAAAAAGACUCAGACUCAGGAGAAAAAUCCCUUACCCUCGAAAGAAACCAUUGAACAGGAGAAGCAGGCCGAGUCAUCGUGAAGACCGAGGCUUCACCAUGCACUGUACAUUCCACAAGCAUUGCCUUCUUUUUCACUUAUUUUAGCUGUAUAACUUUGGUAAAAGCAAAAAAAAAAAAAAAGCAGUUUAGCCCAUUUUUAAAGCAGCAAUGAACGAAAACUACUGAUUAGCAGUCUGUUUGGAGGUCCUGGCCCCCUUGCCCAUGCCUUGGCCUGGUUUCAUUUGGGUCCAAUUCGGUCUUGGUGUCAUCUGCGCACACCUCAAGAUGACCGUGGGGGAAAGAGCAAGGGUGUGCCCAAAACCUCCACGGAGCCAUGCUUCCACCUAGCGAGGCCUCCAAAAUGCUUUCAAUCCAAUUUCCACGCUGAAUUUAGUUUUUUUUUUAACCAUUGUUUAAUUCUUGGAAUUUGCAACUUUUUUUGUUUGAUAUGCAGAUAAAAUUAACACGCAUGAAUGUGGUUCAGUCAGUGGAUUUUAUUUUUGAUUGCACACUCAGAAACAAGGAAGAGAAGACAAAGGAUCCAUUGCUACCUGCCAGUCGGUCUGCACGGACCCCUUGCCAUCCAUUUAAACAAAAUCGUGCCCAUUUGACAGUGUAUGAUGUGGAAAUAUUUUGUUGUGUUAUUGUGGUUCGAUCUGAUUGGAGUUCUCUUGGUGUGAUAAGAAGUUACUGGAAAUUCAGCAAAUUUCUUCUUUGAAUUUGUCUCAGUACAGUACCUUGUUGUCCUUUUCUGGCGUAUAUUAAGACUCAGCAGUUAUGUUACUUUGGCACUCACUAUCAAAAAUAAUGGAAACCAAAAAGUUUUAAUAAAAAACUUGGUUAUUUGCACCA